CCGUUGCCAUGGGAACUCUCAACAACCUGGGAGCAGACAGGGGUGUAGAAGCGGAUCCUGGAGUGAGGGGAAAACCAGGAGAGGAGCUGGGAAUGAAAAAAUUGAAUAUUGAUGCGGACGACCCUCAGCACUCGAGCAUGCAGCAGCAUACACCAGGUGACACACACACACCUGCAGGCACACUGUACACACUACGUGCAGAUAUGUGCAUUUAUCAAAUGUGUGUGUGUGUGUGUGUGUUUGAGAUAGGGUCCCCUCAGCAGGCCAGGGUCCGCGGCAGUCGUAUAAGUUUUCCUGUGAUACACAUUGACAGACUGAGAGCAGCCAAAGCUCUAGUGGCCAAGGCUGUAAAGGAAAAGAAGGUGUUCUCGGUGCACGGGCCGUACCCUGUGAUUCGCGCAGCUCUCAGAGCCAGAGGCUGGGUGGAGCGCCGGCUGCCUCGCCACUCCACAUGGGGUCAUCGCCAUGGAGACCAUGAGGCUGAGGUCACGGAAGAGACGGACAGCAGCAAUGAUGAUGACCGAGGACAGGAAGGAGACAAGGAGGACAACGCUGAUGACAUGUACAACCUCAUGUCUCGUCUAGUGCAAAACGAAAUGACAUAUUUCUACUGGACCACAAAGAGGGACACAGUCGACUAUCUGUCAUUACAAAAAGACCAGAUGACUAAUCACUACGCAAAAGCAGGAUCCUUCACCACCAAGGUGGGCUUGUGCAUGAGUUUAAGAAAUCUGCAGUGGUUCGACUCAACAGACCCCGACACCUUCUUUCCACGCUGCUACCGGCUGGGAGCGGAGGACGAAAAGCAAGCGUUCAUUGAUGACUUUAGACGUACUGCGUGCACAAGCCUGCUACGAUAUGUUGUAGAGAGAGCUGGAGGGCAAGUGGAGAACGACAGAACGGGCGAAAUCUAUCAUGUUAAACAGCCUCAGGGUCUGGACAAGCGGCAUAAACCGCAUGCCAAGCACAGGAUUGGAGUUGGACUGAUUGAGACGGCAUUGCGUGUGUGUCAGGAGUAUCUAAACAGCCUGGAACACUGUGAUAUAGACAUCUCUCUGGAAACCCCGCCCACCCUCUCAGAGCAACAGUGGACAAACUUUCUCCACAGCUACUACCUGGUUAUUCAUGAUGGCGUGAUAUUAGAGGGAUGUGCUGAGUAUGCAGAGCGCUGUCAGUCCAUGCUAGCCCGAAUGCGAAAGGUCUGUUCACAGCUGGAGACUGAUGGCAUCAAUAACAUCUGGAUUAUUAAACCAGGGGCUAAAUCAAGAGGCAGGGGUAUAGUGUGUAUGAACAGGCUAGAUGAGAUCCUAGGUUUAGUCGACAGCGACCCGGGUCUGAUUAAAGACAGUAAGUGGGUGGUGCAGAAGUACGUGGAGCGUCCACUGCUGAUCCACGGCACUAAGUUCGACCUGCGCCAGUGGUUCCUGGUGACGGACUGGAACCCUCUGACGGUGUGGUUCUACCGGGAGUGUUACCUGCGUUUCUCCACCCAGCUCUACUCCACACACAGACUGGACAGCUCUGUCCAUCUCUGCAACAACUCCAUUCAGAAAUAUUUCCAGCCGAGUGCAGGUCGUGACCCAUCGCUGCCUGCUGAGAGCAUGUGGUCGUGUGCUGAGUUCCGCUCCUGGCUCUCGGCUUCGGGGCGGGGUGGUCUGUGGGAGGAGGUGGUGCUUCCAGGCAUGAGAAGGGCCGUGAUCCAGACGCUCCUGACGGCGCAGGACAGCGUGGAGCCUCGCAAGGCCAGCUUUGAGCUCUAUGGAGCAGACUUCCUCCUGGGGUGUGACCUCAACCCCUGGCUGCUGGAGGUGAACGUCAGCCCCACCAUGGCCUGCUCCACAGCCGUCACUGCCCGACUCUGCCCCGCCGUGCAGGAGGACACACUGCGCGUGGUGCUGGAUCGACGCUACGACCGUAACACCGACACUGGAGGCUUCCAGCUCAUAUACAAGCAGGCACCAGUGGAGGUUCCUCAGUAUUUAGGUGUGAACCUUUUAGUGGAAGGAGCUCAGAUCAGACGUCCACGUUCGUUUCGCGCUAAAACAUUCAUCAGGUCUCAUUAUGAAUCUCUACACAAAUCCAGACGUGUUCUCCAACCUCACACUCGUCCUUCAGGUAAGGAGAACCAGUGUGAGGAGGAGGAGGAGAAGAGGACCUGGCCACCCGUCUCCGCCCAAAAGGUCACAAUGGAGAGAUCUUUAACUUUACAGCCUCUGAUGGAGAAAAGACGCAUGAGACCAGCAUUACCCUCAUCCUCAGGUCCUAAUCCUUCUGACUGUCAUCACCUUCACACUUCACACACCCACACACAUCAUACACAUGUACGGGCAGAGCCAACACACACUAACACUCACAGGACCCAGAGACACGUGCUCACUCUGAACCGACUGGAACCUUCGCUGGAGAUAAGCAGUCUACAGCCUGGGAUCUCAUACAAGAGCUUUUACCACCAGAACACAUACAUAUACACUCCUCUCACACACACUGUGCAUGUUUCUCACCCAGCCUUACGCAUGCACCAGUACUUCUCACUGCUCCAGCGGCAAAACACGGAGACGUCCAGAAACAAAGGACACGCAGCCUCGAAAGACUGUACAAGCCAAAGAGAGAAAUAAAGAUGCAAUUUUAAAAGCAAUUUUUAAAUUCGUAAUAAAUGAAACAUCUCUGAACUCAGCAGAAUUAAAAUAUAAAACAUGGUAGUUGACAUAUUUAA